AAUGGAUAAUAAGAAUGAUUAGAGAUAAAGACUAUUUAGAAUUUCUAAUCCUGCUCAUAAAGCCCAAACAUUAGUACCCAGAUAAAUAAGAGAGGAUAGUUUAAAACCAUAGCAAUAACAAUAAAUGUAAAAAAUAGUUGUUAGUAAUGAUGAUAAAUUGAGAAAGGUUAUUGUAGAUUAUAAUUAUUUAUUAGGAAAAUGAAUUACUUAAAUCUGAACUGUUAGCAACUAAAGAAUAAUUUAAAGUUUUAUAAGAGGAUUAUAAAAAAUUAUAAUCCAAAUACUAAACUCUUUAAUAGUUGAUGAGAAGGUAUCCUUAAGAUUUGUAACUGAUACAAGAAUUAUAAAAUCAUAUUAGAUAAUCCUAAUAUUAUGAAUUUAUACAAGAAGCAAUGAUGCCUCAUGCAUAAUUCUAAACAGAUGGAAUGACUUAUGAAUAAAUAUUAGAAUUAUAAGAUUAAAUUGGACAUGUUUCAAAAGGACUUACUAAAUAAGAAAUCAAAAAAAUACCAAAGAGAUAAGUUAACUAAAAAUAAAAAGACCCGUAUUAUUUAAUUAAUUCAUUAGAUGCACAAUUUGUUAUAACGAGAUUGAGAAAUUUGAAAAGAUCCGAGAAUUAAAGUGUAGACAUUAAUACCAUUCAAAAUGUAUUAAAAAAUGGCUUCUAUCUUAAAAGAAAUGUCCCAUCUGUUAAGCAGAAGUAUGA